AUGCGUUCUUCCUUCUUCAUCCUACUCCUGCCCUUGCUCGCUUGCUACUUUCCCGUCCAAGCCAUACAGCCUCUCUUCAAAUACCACGCAUCGCUCUCGGGAUGGCAUCGGCAUCGCGACUCAACAGUCCAGAAGGCGGCCCUCACCACCGAGUCCUUGCCACCCGGUAUUCAUCAAGGAACAUUCACUCAACCCCUCGACCACUUUGACGGUACCACCAACCUCACCUUCGAGCAGCGCUAUUGGUAUCACACUCGCUACUACAAAGCUCCGCAUCUCCGCACCUCUUCACGCUCUGCUCAGCCGGAGCCUGUCCCAAUCUUUGUGCUAGAGGGAGGAGAGACAAGUGGCGCCAAUCGGCUGUCUUACCUGGAUCACGGCAUCGUGGACAUCCUUGCCAAAGCAACCGGAGGCAUUCCAGUGGUACUCGAACAUCGCUACUAUGGUACAAGCUAUCCACCACGCCACGCCUUUGGCAAAGGCCAAAAGUGGACCGUGGAUGAGCUCAGAUGGCUCAACAAUCGGCAAGCCGAAGAGGACUCGGCUCGAUUCGUCAACAGUCUCAAAGGCGCAUUCGCAGGAGUCAAUGAGGACCUGAGUGCAUCCAAUCAGCCCGUAAUCAGCUAUGGCGGCUCCUACGCCGGAGCCAGGGCGGCUCACCUCAGAACCGGCCACCCCAACGAUUUCUGGGGGGCCAUUGCCUCUUCGGCGGUCACUGCAGCUCUAGAAGACUUUCCACAAUACACGUAUGGCAUCGCUAGGGGAAACAAUGUCACCAGUAUCCAAGCUAUCCAGGCAGCCAUCGUAGCCAUCGAUCGUAUCAUCGCUCCGGAUGGCAAAUAUUCAACAGUUACACAGAAGAAAGGUGUAGCAAGUACAAAAGAGCAACAGAAAUUCCUCAAAUUGGUCAAUUUGGAGGGUCUUUCAGACUUGACUGACUUUGCAGAAAUUCUGAUGAAUCCUCUCGGAGAUUACCAAUCGGUCAACUGGGACGAUGCUCUAUCUCCUCCCAUGUGGACCGGGUUUCUCCGCCAUAUGGCUUCCAAUCCCGACACAAUGUCUUUCAAAGCUCUGAAGGCUCUUGCUCAUGAUCUAGACCUAUCAUCCUCGUUGCCAGAUGAAGCGCUUCGCUUGCUCGACUAUGUCAGGAGCAACUACAUUGACCCCUGCCGAAACGAAGGUACAGACAAGGGAGCGGACGACUGUCUCGCCCAGGACUGGGAGAACUUCAUCGAAGCAGACCACUUGACAGUGGGAAAAGCAUGGAGCUUCCAAGUUUGUACCCAGUGGGGUUACUUCAUCACAGCCCCUGCCGUUUCGCGGCCUAACGAAGACCCCGCUUCGCCGACGACAUUCGCCCCUGCGUCUGGUCCCAAGCUGAUCUCCUCCCUGUUGGAUCUGAAGCGCACGAGUGAAGUCUGUCGCAAAGGCUUCCCUGAUGGUGAGCAUUUCAAGAUGCCAUCCAGGCCCGAUCUUGGCGAUGUGAACAGCCGGGGGGCUUUCUCAAUUGAAAUGGACCGACUGGCAUUCGUCGAUGGAGAGUUCGAUCCAUGGCGCGAGGCGACUCCGCACUCAGAAACCUUUGCUUUCGGAGGCGCUCGACCCAACACCCUGACUCGCCCGUUCAUCCUCAUUCCAAACGCCACGCAUCAUUGGGAUGAAAAUGGUCGGCGGCCUCAGUCUUCCCCUGGCGGUCACGAGGGCCCAGGACACUACGUCUUCCAUCAGUCAAAGUCCCAGAUGCCCUUUGAAGCUCAUGAGGGUGGGCUGCAAGACGCAGGCCUAGCUGCCACAGAGCGACCAGACUCAGUCCUUCCACCCGACUAUAUUCAAAGGACUCACGACAUGUUGAUCGAAGGUGUGCGGAGUUGGAUAGAGGACUGGAAGAAGGAAAAGGGCUCCAAAGACUCGGCUCGUGUCCGAAGUAGGAGGAGAUAG